AUGACUAGUGUCGUAUGUCCCUCCUCGCCUUCUCGCUCCCUCGCAGGUCUUUACCGGGCUGGUCGACGUGUUCGGCGAGACGCGGACGGCAACGCGUGGGGGUACGGCAGCUGCAUCACGCGGGAGAGCUUCCAGGCGUACGUGAACGAGACGAGCUACGCGCGCCCCUGGGUCUCCGCCAUCAGCUGGAUCGUCUUCGUCACGCACGCCCAGCGAGCCGAUUUUGAGUCUAAGUUCGGCGUGACGAUCAAAAGUGAGAGCACAAAGCAGCCGUCGCCCCCGCGCGACUGGUACGCUGUGUUUCUGUACAUCUCCCGCGGGCCGCUCACCAACAACAGCGAUUGCUGCUACGAUGGGCGGCAGUACAGCCGGUUCAAGGAGGCCAUAGAGCACGGCAUCAAGACGCUCAACACCACCAUCACGCCCACCUUCGCCCUCGCUGCCAACGGCAACCGCGGCCUCGGCCUGGGAUUCCCAGUGCUGAAGAACACGACAGACGGUGGGCAGGAGAUGAAGGGCAUGAUCGGCGCGGUGAUUGACAUGCAGGCGCUCAUCGACUUCCUUCUCAAGAAGCUGCUCUCUGCCUCCGCGCCCUUCAAGCUGCAGCUGUACGAUGUAACGAACCGCACUGCACCCAUCCCGAUGUACGACAGCGAGCGCACCGACGGCUACACUACGCUGCCCGACCAAACGGUGGCGCCCGCCUCGGACGAGCUGCUGCAGCCAACCAGGUUCCGCCACGUGGAGCCCAUUGAUCUCCGGGACCCGUCUCGUCAAUACGAGCUCUGGUGCCGGUACACGGAGAGUGACACGGUGGCGUGGGGAUGGAGCUCGCUGUCGUGGGGAGUGCUGCUGCUUGUCGUAUUCAUCCUCGUCUUCUACAUCCUCCUCACCAUGGGAAGGCAGAACGCCGCCAUGCGCCGCAACUACCGCCGCAUGGAGGCCCUUAAAGCCCGUGCAGAGGCGGCUGACAGGGCCAAGAGCAACUUUUUGGCGACGGUCUCACACGAGAUCCGCACCCCCAUGAAUGGCGUUCUGGGCAUGCUGGAUUUCCUGCUGGAUUCGAAGCUGGACGCGCAGCAGCAGGAGCACGCGCGCAUGGCCAAGGCGUGUGGGCAGACGCUGGUGUCGCUGCUCAACGACGUGCUCGACCUCGCCAAGGUCGAAGCCGACCGCCUCGAGCUCGAGCACCUCCCCUUCAACCUGCGCUCUUCUGUCGACGACAUUCUCGACAUCUUCCGCACCAAGUCUCAGGACCUGGGGCUAGAAUUGGCGGCACUGGUGGACCCCAACGUGCCCGAGGUGGUGGUGGGGGAUCGCAUUCGGCUGCGCCAGGUGGUGGUGAACCUCAUCGGCAACAGCAUCAAGUUCACCCAGCGCGGCCACAUCUUCGUCCACAUCUCCGCGCCCUUUGCCGCCAUGCCCGUCCCCUCCUCCCUCCCCUCGCCCCUCACCCUCCGCUCGCGCUUCAACACUCUCGCCGCCUCCGCCCCGCCCGCCUCCCUCGCGCUGGCCAAUCGCAAGCUGACAGCUGGCGACGGCUGGGGGUUGCACUCCGCGGAGGUCCAGCUGGCGUGCUCGCCGCUGCGUCAGACGGGGCCGAUCUCGGCAUCGCUCGCCGCGAUUGGCCGGAGCAUCUCGCGCGGUUACCAGACGCUGUCCGGCCGUCCGACCUCACUGGUGUGCGGGCCGGGGGGGGCGGCGGGGGCGGGUAUGGGGCAGCCUAGCUGCGGAACAGGCGACCUGGUGGGAUGCUUCCCUGCGCUGCUUCAGCCGGGGUAUUCUCAAAUGGAGGAUGGGGUGUCUGUGGGGAUUCAGGACGGGGGGAUGGAGGAGAUGGAGGGGGGGAAGGGCGGGGAGGGGGAGAUACUGGUGGGCGAGGGGGAGGGGGAGGGCGCGGAGGGGGAGAAGGAGAGGGAGAAGAGGGAGGAUACGAUCACGCUGCUCAUCACGUGCGAGGAUACUGGGGCGGGUAUUCCGCUGUCGUCUCAGUCCAAGAUCUUCCAGCCCUUCACGCAGGCGGAGAGCAGCACGGCGCGCACGCACGGAGGCACGGGCAUCGGGCUGACCAUUUCAAAGCGCCUGGUGAAGCUGAUGGGGGGCGAUAUGACCUUCGUGAGCGAGCCAGGCGUGGGCACCACCUUCGUCCUCACUGUCAACCUCGGCCUCAUGCCGCCCCGCAUCCCCCGCUCCGUCCCCACCUCGCUCCCGCCGGACCUCCUCCCGAUGCUGGACGACGACCCCGAUGCUGCCGCCAUGAUUGAGAAAUUCCUCAACCGAGCCGUGCUGGUGGUCGACGGGCUGCAGGUUCGGCAGCGGGUAGCGAGCAGCGUCUUAUCCCGCCUCGGGAUUACCCCGAUUCCGGCCACUGACGCGGCCUCGGUGCCUGCGAUUGCCACACGGGGGUUCCUGCGCGGCCCGCCGCUGCCUGGGUCGGCGACGUUUGAGGAUGAUAUCCGCCCGUGGGAUGCCAUCUUUGUGGAUAAGGACGCGUUUGGGCCCAAGACUGGGUUUCAGGUUGCAAAGGCGAUCCGAGAGGCGUUUGCUGCGGCGGAGAAGGGGGCAGGGGAGAGGGGCUUGGGGGAGGUGAUUCAGGAGGAGGGUGGGGAGACAGGAGCAGGUGCUGCUGCCAAUGGUACCAGUGGUGGUGGUGCUGGUGCGGGGGGCAGCAAGGGGCGCAAGCAGCCGCCGCUGAUUCUGGUGGCGUGUCGGUUGGAGGCGGAUGAGAAGGGCGAGGUGGAGGCAUGCGGCUUUGAGGAGCGCUUGCUCAAGCCCCUCCGCAAGUCCAUCGUUGCUGCGUGCCUGGUGCAGGUGUUGGGCAUAAUGACCACGAGUCGCAGCAGCAACACGCAGAAGCAGCAGCGCCGCAAGGCCAUGCACGCGCUCAUUGGCGGUCGCCGCAUUCUCGUGGUGGACGACAAUGUGGUGAACCAGAAGGUGGCAACGCGCAUGCUGCAGCGCUAUGGGGUGCUGUGUGAGGCGGUGGACAGUGGCAUGGCGGCGCUGCAGGCCGUGCAGGAUGCGGAGGGGAGAGGGCAGCCGUUUGAUGCCAUUUUCAUGGACGUGCAGAUGCCCGGCAUGGACGGCUACGAGACGACGCGGUCGAUCCGGCGGAGGGAGAGGGAGAGCGGGGCGGCAGCGAUCCCCAUCCUGGCCAUGACAGCUGACGUCAUCAGUGGCAGCCGCACGCGCUGUGAGGAGGCGGGCAUGGAUGGGUUCGUGCCGAAACCCAUAGACGAGGAGCAGCUGCACGCCACUCUCUGGAACUGCUUUGGCCGGGCUUAG